AACUCUAUGACAUGACGGCUCCCAUUCCGCCUGAGUAUGACUCACGUGGUUUUCUCACUGUCAGGACAAGGUCGACAAAACUAUUAUGAAUUGCAAAUGAACCCAUACCACGUUUAAUAUUAUGCAUGCCCGAGUCGAGGGGAUAUCUUCAUGAAAGAAGUGACAGACUUAUGAGCCUAUAUUAACGGUGGUGUGGAUUCAUUUCCAUAUUGUUAACGUGGGAUUAAAAGAUGACCGAAGGGAGCCCUCAAGCUCUAAGAGCAAAUCAAGAUCCCGAUCCCUCAUCGAAACCACUUGGGUCAUUCUCCGAGGCAUUUCGGUCCUUGAAAGAGUCCAAAUACUACGAAGAGCCAGCCAAGCCAUCGGAUGAAGCUAACUCCGGGCCUACCCCUUCGGCAGCGACUCACGCUGCCAGCCUGAGCAGAACUUCCGCCAGCGCUGUUGUCGUCAACAACCGCCAGAGGGGAAACCCAUUGCUGAAGUUCAUCCGGAGUGUGCCAUGGGAGUACGGGGACGUCGUUCCGGACUACGUGAUGGGAACGACCUCGUGCGCCCUGUUCCUCAGUCUCCGUUACCAUAACCUCAACCCAGAUUACAUCCAUGAUCGACUGAAAGAGUUGGGGAGGCAAUUUGCUCUGCGUGUUCUCUUGGUCCAGGUUGAUAUCAAAGACCCACACCAUAGUUUGAAGCAUCUGACCCAGAUUUGCCUGCGUGCUGAUAUGACCCUGAUGUUGGCCUGGUCUGCAGAGGAAGCAGGGAGAAUCCUGGAGACCUACAAAGCCUUUGAGCACAAACCUCCUGAUCUCAUCAUGGAGAAACAAGACAAUAAUCCCCUCUCCAGGGUGGUGGAUGCGCUGGCGACAGUGCGGUCGGUGAAUCGCACUGAUGCAAUGACCCUCUUGUCCACUUUUGGAUCCCUGGAGAAAAUCUUGAAGGCUAGUGCAGAUGAGAUUGCCCUCUGCCCUGGCUUUGGCCCCCAAAAGGCAUCUCGACUCCACCAGGCUCUCCAUAUGCCGUUCAAGCGAAAAACAUAACAUUAACCUUUAGCUUAUUGGGGUGGGGGGGGG